CAUCUCAUCAACAACUACAAUCAUCAACUAAAGUUAAACUCAACAACACAACACAACUGACUUUACUACCAGCUCAGAACAUCAACAUGUCUUCUUACCCCAAAGCCAAUACCUCAGCAGCCACCUGCCCGCCAAAGUGUACUCUCUGCUCCUGGAACCUCGAGCACACACCAGAGGACGGACAUGCAUUGAAACGCGACGAGGACUCCCUCACAGAAGACCAAAUCUACGAAUCCGUCCUCUUGAACGAACGCCUCGCGCUCCUCCUGCUGCACGACCAGACCCCAACCGUCUUGGCGACCCUCUCCCCCGGACACCAAGCCAACCACCCACUCAAGUUGCACUUAGUCCUCGCCAUUGGCGCAGGCAACGCAGCAAAACAACGACGUUACAACGAGCAGAUCAACUCACUCUUCACCCGCAUCGAAACUGCCCCUCCCAAAAAGCUCGGCUGUCUGCAGCAAGAACUGCGUGCAUAUCUCUCUUCCGCGCUAAGGCCGCGAUGAGAGAUCCCCAGGUUACCUCGCGC